GCUCAUUUUAUAUCAACUCUUCUUCAUUUUCUCAGAAUUCUCAACGGCAGGACCCGACCCGACCCGACCUCCGCAAAAUGGUCCAGUCUAAUUCCACCGACGAUUUCAAGCUGGUCGGAUUCUCCAAGUUCGUCCGCUCCAAUCCCAAAUCCGACCGCUUCGCCGUCAAGCGUUUCCACCACAUCGAGUUCUGGUGCACUGAUGCCACCAACACCGCCCGCCGUUUCUCGUGGGGUCUCGGCAUGCAAUCCGUCGCUAAAUCCGACGUCAAACUCUACGGCGACGUCGUUUUACGUUACAUCAGUUACAACAAAAACACCAACUCCCACCCUGAUUCCUUCUUGCCCGGCUUCGAGAAAGUGGAGGAGGAGCUUUCUUACCCGUUGGAUUACGGAAUCCGAAGACUGGAUCACGCGGUCGGCAAUGUCCCGGAGCUGGGCCCCUCCGUUUCGUACGUCAAAUCAUUCACUGGUUUUCACGAGUUCGCAGAGUUUACGGCCAAAGACGUGGGGACCAGCGAGAGUGGGCUAAACUCCGUCGUUUUAGCCAACAACGAUGAAAUGGUGUUGCUCCCGUUGAACGAGCCGGUUUUCGGGACAAAGAGGAAAAGCCAAAUCCAGACGUAUCUAGAACACAACGAAGGCGCGGGCGUUCAACAUUUGGCGCUGGUGAGCGAGGAUAUAUUCAGGACGCUGAGAGAAAUGAGGCAGAGAAGUUUUGUUGGUGGCUUCGAGUUCAUGCCAUCGCCGCCGGCCACUUACUACAAGAAUCUGAAGCAUAGGGCAGGGGACAUUUUGAGUGAUGAGCAGAUCGAAGAGUGUGAAGAGCUGGGGAUCUUGGUUGAUAGAGAUGAUCAAGGCACCUUGCUUCAGAUCUUCACUAAGCCCAUCGGAGAUAGGCCAACAAUAUUCAUAGAGAUAAUAGAGAGAAUAGGGUGCAUGGUGAAGGAUGAAGAAGGAAAGCAAUACCAGAAAGGCGGAUGCGGUGGUUUUGGGAAAGGUAACUUUUCGGAGCUCUUUAAAUCCAUUGAAGAAUACGAGAAAUCUCUUGAAGCCAAACAAAUUCCUCAAUCCCUCAGCGUCAAGGCUUGAGAUUUUUCAAUUGAAUCUUCUUUUUAUUUACUUACUCGCAUGCUCAUUUGCUACCGUAUAUGGUCCCAUAUUACUUUUAAAUUUACUUUAAAACUUUGUUUUGAAGCAAUAUUAAUUCAAGCAAGGCAAGUAAGAGUUUCAUAUGCAA